AUGGCCGAAACGGAAUCCAAGUCCCUCGUUCGCAAGCGAACUGAUACGGAACUCAUGCCGCCGCCGCCGCCAGCGAAGCGGAUAAAGCGACCGAAGAACGUUCUCGAUGAGGUUACCUACACCGAGGCGCUGUCCCAAAUCAUCGCCCGUGAUUUCUUCCCCGGUCUUCUCGAAAGUCAAACGCAGCAGGAAUAUUUGGAUGCCCUAGAAUCCAAGGACGAGGAAUGGAUAUCUAGCGCGACGAGACGACUAAAAAAUGUCAUGACACCGGGCCGGCGGCGCAUGCCGUCGGCUGUCACUGCAACACAGCCAGGAGAUACACCCAUGAGUUUUGUCGGCGAUACGCCUGCAUCUGUACGGUCAACUCCAGCAGCAUCGACUGUGGCGCCCGAAAAGUCACAUGUCGACACCAGCUUGGGUCUCGCUGCGUUCCAGUCCCAGUAUACGAGCGAAGACAAUGAGAGCUUUUACAAACUUCUGGACAAACAGAAUCAGAAAAAGGCCGAGAAGUACGCGUGGCUGUGGACCGGCAAUAAACUGCCUUCAAAAAUGCAGUUGAAGCAGAAGGAGGUCGAGGAGAGGAUCAGCAAGACGAGGAGUCUGGCAGAUGAUGGCUACAAAAAGAUGCAGCUAGCGAUCAAGGACAAAGAUGAUCGGAGAGCCGCACCCGAGUACUGGAAGUGGCAACCGAGGAACGAUCUGAUGUUCAAACCCGAUGGGGUGGAUGACGCGCUGGAGACCAUAGCCGAACGAGCUGAGGCGGCAUCAAGGGCACCACCCAAGGAGAUUGUGUAUGCCAAUACACGGGCUCCGAAUCCCGAUAUUGUCGUUCAGCAGCAUCCGUCUCGUCCGCCGUCACCCACAUUGUCUGCUAUGCGUGAUGCGAUUGCAGGCAGGCCAAGAGCAGCAGACCAGGAUUCUGCUACGGGCGGCAGUGAAACACCACGGGUGAAUGGAUAUGCCUUUGUUGAUGAUGAGGACCCGGCUCCAGAACCAGCGAGGAAGCCGACAGAAUCGAUCCUCAGUCUUAACAGUAGCGACACUACUGCAAACCCUUUCAAGUUGCAGGAUCGUAGGAAAAGGGAGGAUCUGCAUCAUCGGAUGGUUGAUAGGAUCGCAGAGUCGCGUAGGACUGCAUCCAGGAUUGGCAUGGUGGGCAAGGAGGUCAAGACUUCAGUACCAAAAUUCCCCAGCAGCCCUAGGGUUACGGGAGGCCUCACACCAGCAGCACAAAGGCUAUGGAGUAACCUAGGUGGUGCAGGGCGAAAGUCUGGUUCAAUCACACCAUUCGACCACAGGGCUACGCCGCGGGCCAAGCCGGCUCUGCCGAAGCGGGCAACUCCGAAAACAUGA